UUCCUUAAAUCUUGUGCCAUCCCCUUCGAAGAUCUCUUUACCAGUGACACCCGGGUUUGCUCAACUUAACAGCCUCUUCAUUUUUGUGAGAAAAUGCUUACAUUCAUGACUCUCCUGGUUCUUCUGUUAUCCCACUUUCAAGCCACUCAACAGAACAAAAAUUCAGAAGAGAACGGCAGUGAGCUGCUAUCUAAUCCUGAGCUCAAGCUACCCAACAGAAACUCAGAGGUAACGAUAGGCCAGAAUGUGACGAUGACUUGCUUCUCAGGCUCUGGCUCUCUUUCGAUCAACUAUACUCUUUUUAGAGACGAUCAGAAACUAUUCACUGAAACCAAGAGUGCGGGGAUGCCAGCUAAGUUUAUCUUGAAUAUCAAGUCUGCAAGUGAUACAGGCAAACAUACGUGCAAAGCCACAAAUGAAAUCCUCAAGAAAACAAAAUACAGCAAGAGUUUAAUUUUGACAUUAAUAGAAACUGUGUCCCAACCAGUGCUGAGCUCACCCACUUCCCGAGUUAAGACAGGCCAGAAUGUGACGCUCUUUUGUCUCUCAGAGAAUGGCUCUCAUCCUAUCACAUACAGAUUUUUUAGAGGAAAUAAGACUAUAUCACCCCCUAUAUGUGUACAGGGGAAGGCAGCUGCUAAUAUUUCUUUAACUAUCAAUUCUUCCAAUGUUUUGGGUGACUAUAAGUGCAAAGCUGAAAACAGAAUUCCCAAUUCAAAGAAAUACAGCAACAGUCUCAGGUUUACCUUGUCAGAGAAGGCAGGCAUUUCCUAUCUACUCUGGAUUUCUCUUCUGGUCUUCCUCCUGCUGGUGGUAAUCGUGAUUGCUGUGGCAAUUCCAUUUCUUUUCCUUCCUUGGUAUAAAGCAAGAAAACUGAAGUCACCUAAAUCAUCUACUGGUUUUGUUUCAGACAAGACAGAGUCAGAAAACUGUGUGAUAUACACUGAGAUUGCAAAUGAUGAAUCUGAUCAACUGCAGUACGCCAACAUUUCAAUUAUCAGAAAAGAGAAAGGAGAUAAACGAGUGAACUUGAGCACAGAUACAGUCAACUACUCUGAAGUUUUCAUAAGCAGAAUACAAGGUAAGUUCUCUUUGAUGAUAUACGAGAAAACAAAUUAUAAAAUAUUUAAAAGAGAACUUCUACUUCUAUAGGCUAGCAUGAGCACUGAUACUGCACUGGAAGAAAAGAAGCUAAUAUAUUUGAAAGGGUGCCAUAAAGAAAAUGAAGAAACAUUUUUUUCUUUGCUCCAGGAGGUGGGACCUGUGGCAAUGGAUUUAAAAACUGGGAAAGCAGAUUUAGACCAAAACUAAGGGAUAACUUUUUAACUGUACAGCCAAGGAGGACAAUGGAACAAGUUACC